AUGGCGAAACUGACUGAUGAUGCCGACGCAACGUUUGACAAUGUACCAAGUCGACUGUCUGGUGCUGGGACUCAUGACAACUACUAUGGCAGACGACUUCGGACUAGGUGCGUUCUACUAAGUCGCCCUGACAACAAAAACAAGUUGCGACAACGAGGUCUACCCUCUUCUAUAGGACUAAUCAACUUGACGACAAGGACAACCUAUUUUACAUUCAACGGGACCAUCUCUGAACAAAUAGUUGGACUUGCCAUGGGAAGCGGUGUAUUUUCACAUCAGCAGGCACUGGGCCCCAAGGAAUGA